AUGAGUAUAGACAGUUCUCUGAUAGAAAAAGAAUCUCCGCCUGACUACGUGACGUUCCGUAAAGGUGUAGCUGAUCAAAAUGUGUUGGAUCUACGCAAUGAAUUUCAUUCUUUCCAAGAGAAGAUAAUGGCAUCAAUGAAGGAGUUCUUCGACAAACAGAAUAAUAAAAUAACCAAGUUCAUUGAAGAUUUCGAAGAAUUGAAGACUUCAAUACAAUUUAUUAAUGACAAAUACGACGAACUAAAAACCCAAACCGAAGAGAUCAGCAGUCGAUUAUUUGAAUUAGAAAAAAUAUAUAAAUCGUCCCAAAACAAAGACGAUCUGAUUAUGGAGGUAGGAAACAAGCUUGAUAUUUUAGAGCUUAAUUCACGCCAGUGCAACAUUGAAAUUGUUAAUCUUCCAGAAAAACGAAAUGAAAAUUUAAUUUCGAUUAUAGAAAACGUAGCUGCUGUCGUCAAACACCCAAUUAAUAAAUACGACGUCGUCGCAAUUCAUCGUGUACCUCAGUUUAAUCCUAAAAGUGGGCGCCCUAAGAAUGUUAUUGUUAAGUUUGCGAGUCGGAUGUUACGCGAUAGCUUUCUUUCAGCAGCUCGCAAAGAGAAAAGUUUAACAACAGAAAAACUGCAAAUGCCCGGAACUAUACACAAGUUAUAUUUUAAUGAGCACCUGACUUUAAAAAGAAAAAUUUUAUUUCGUGAGGUUCGGGAAACUGCUAAGAAGAAUGGUUUCAGAUACACUUGGAUUAAGCACGGCAGCAUCUUGGUGCGUGCAAACGAUACUUCUCCUGUUCUCAGCAUUCGUUCUAGUGAAGAUCUUUCAAAAAUCAAAUCGAAGAAUUGUCCAGUUAACUAA